AUGUCUUCCUACAUGGACACGGAGAAGUUUCUCGCGGAAUAUGUCUACGAGGUCGAAAAGGACUUUGAUGUCGAUGGAACACCGGCAUCUUGGGCCUCCACUACCCACAAGCCUGCUCAUCGCUACUGGGACGACGAUGACGACAAGACUGAACUGCGCUUCUUCGCCGACGACGACCAGAACCCGGGCGAUGCCGCCGACAUUNUUGCUGUCAGCCACGACAACAGGUUCAUUGCAGGUUGCAGGGGCUCAAUUGUAGGUGUCUUUGAUGUCCAGACCAAGCAAAGUUGCAUGCAAUUCAAGGGACUUGUGCUGCCUUGUGUCAAACUCCUAUUCCGGCCUGCUUUGAACGAGUCUGGGGGCUAUACUCUGGUUAUAGAGACCUCCAACCGAGACGAAGACGAAGAGGUUAUCAUUUUCCUGGAACUGGACAGAUACGGACACAAGACAAGCAAAUCUGUCAUGAUUGAUGUGGAAAAGCUUUUCAAGAAGUCUCUAGAUCCUGUAAUGUCGGAGUUGGAGGAUGCUUUGGACGUUCCUUCGACGUCACCACUUAUCGCAGCAGUCCACAGAGGCUAUAGCAAGACGCUCCAAGAGUUAAGAGCUGGUGUAGAAUCUAGCGAUCUGUCUCGUGUAGAAGGUCGCACUGGCAGCUUUGGCUCGAGUCCGUUUAGCAUGGAUGGUCAAUUGUUUCUCUACCUUAUCCAAAACGAAAGCACACAAUCUGGGGCUCGUCCGUCGGAAGAUCUCCCGAAAGUCGUCGUGUACGAUAUGGUCGGAAAAUGUCAAAAGCAUGUUCUAGGCGGUCACGAGGAUGCUAUCAUGUGGACGGCAUUUAGUCCAAACGGCCAUUACGUGGCCACUGCAGCCUGGGACGGCACUUUCAGAAUCUUUAGUGUAUCGACCGGUGAUUGCAAGCAAGUUAUUGGACCAACAGGAGGACAAUGCUGGAGCGGCGCGUGGUCACCAGACUCGAAGCACCUCUUGGUUUGCGGAAUGACCGACGAGGGCCACGGGAGAGGAUUCUGCAACAAGACAUUCGUGGCUGUUUAUUCAGCUGAGACGGCAGAGCAAGUCAAUCGAUUCAAGCAUGAACGGCUUCGGCGCUGGGUGAGAUGUGUGGCGUGGUCGCCCAAAGGAGAGAUCGCUAUUGUGCACGAGGACGACCUGUGGAUUUGGGAGCCUUUCUCGGACACGACGAUCAGCAGUUUUAGACCAAAGGUUGAGGACCGCAUGAUGGAAGAUUUCGCUGGCGCGUCGGAUGUUCAGUGGGCGAAUGAAGGAGAUACGUUGCUUGCUCAUAUGGGCGACGGAACCAUCGAGAUGUGGAAUCGGAAUGAGAACACUAAACUGCGAUUACAGAGACCUAGAGGCGCCGGAUCAGCGCGAAGAGUGUGUAUCAUUGGAUGGAUGGAGGAGAAGAAGACGCUGUGGAGUCUGAGCAACGAUGGCUACAUGAGGUCGUACCACUUUUGA